AUGGCGGACAAGCCGGCAGAAGUCGCUGCGACGAGGGAAAAGCUCGAAGCUCAGAUCAAGUCCGCAGACAUGACGGAUGAUAUGCAGCAGGAGUGUAUAGAAGUUGCUCAGGAAGCCAUGGCCAAGUUCACCAUUGAGAAGGACAUUGCACAGCACAUCAAGCGAACAUUUGAUGAGCGAAAGGGCCCAACCUGGCACUGCAUCGUCGGCCGCAACUUCGGCAGUUUCGUAACCCAUGAGACUAAGCAUUUCAUAUACUUUUAUCUCGGCCACUGCGCCAUCCUGCUCUUCAAGACGCAGUAA